AGCUGAAAAAGACCUGCGGGAGUUCUAAGUAGGUGUGGCCCUCUUGGACCCUAACAGUGGGAUCCUGCAAUCCUGCCCAAGUCUGACAGUCCCUAUCUGUUUGUCCCAGAAUGUGUUACUGCAUGUCCUGGAAGGUCGGGAUUACUGUGUUCUUGAGCCGUCAGCACGGCUAGGAACCGCCCCUUGGGCGCCCCCACCUGGGGGUUGGUGGGGGCGCCUCGCCCGGCGGCGAAGACUUGAUUUCCCGGCAGCCCCUGCUGCCUUACACUUCCGGCGUGUUGCUGGCAUUUCUGGUCACGUGCAUUGCUGCUACGUAGUCCGCCUAGGUGGCUGAAAGAGCAACUGCUGGACCCAGACUCCAUUUCCCGGUGUCCCUCGCGGCGGCGCAGGGUAUAACGGGGGUUGUAGUCCGGCCUCUCUUCUGGCUGGUCCAGCUACAUCGACCGGCAGGAUGUCGGAGGUGCGGCUGCCACCGCUACGCGCCCUGGACGACUUCGUUCUGGGGUCCGCGCGUCUAGCGGCUCCGGAUCCGUGCGACCCGCAGCGAUGGUGCCACCGCGUCAUCAACAACCUUCUCUACUACCAAACCAACUACCUUCUGUGCUUCGUCUUCGGUCUCGCUCUGGCUGGGUACGUGCGCCCGCUGCACACCCUCCUAAGCGCGCUGGUAGUGACGGUGGCCCUUGGCGCGCUGGUGUGGGCGGCUGAGACUCAAGCAGCCGUGCGCCGCUGCCGCCGCAGCCACCCCGCCGCCUGCCUGGCCGCAGUGCUUGCCUUCGGCCUCCUUGUUCUCUGGGCCGUAGGCGGCGCUUGCACCUUCCUGCUGAGCAUCGCCGGGCCCGUGCUUCUGAUUCUGGUGCACGCCUCGCUGCGCUUGCGAAACCUCAAGAACAAGAUCGAGAACAAGAUUGAGAGUAUUGGUCUCAAGCGGACGCCCAUGGGCCUGCUACUGGAGGCGCUGGGACAAGAGCAGGAGGCUGGAUCCUAGGGGUCUGGGAUCUGUACCCAAGACCUGGAGAACGCCACCCCCACCCUGGCCCUGUAGAGGGACCCAAAGCCCUUUCCCAGCCCUUGAAAUAGAGGGCCCCGUCCAGUUCAAAAAGCAGAAGGACAUCAGCGACCCUGCCCACCCCAGGUCCAAAAUUGGGAUAUCCCUGCUACCCAGCGCCUGUUACCUAGGGGACCACACUUCCCCAGCCCUGAACCUGGGGCGUGGAGCCCAGAGCAUCCGUGGCCAACCUCAAACUCUGGACCCAGAGAUACUCCCCCCCCACCCCCAAUCUGGGACCCACCCAUCUCCCAUGCUCAGCCCCAAAGCUGGGAUCUGGGACCAAGGCAUUCUCUUGAACCCGGGACUAAUAUUAGGCUUUUUCAGACCCUACCCCGGCUUUGAAACCAGGUUAGGGCAUUGCCAAAUCUUGAACCUGGGACCCAGUGUUCCCAGCCCCCAUCAGGACAGAGAAUUCAGGCAUCCUGAUGCUGUUGAACCCUUGGUUCCUUGGUUCCGUGUGACCCAAACACUCACCAGUCCCACUUGCCUCUUUCCAGCUCUGCUUAGGGGUUCUGCCCCCUUCUCCAAAGUUCCACAGUGAUGAGGACCAAGGGGUAGGGUGGGGAGGGGUGGGGGUAGACCCGGAAUGGGGCAUCUAUAAUCAGUGUUACUGCAACAAUAAAGGCUGGUGCGUCGCUCAAGCCAA